CAUAUUAGAUCUCCCCGCUUUCUUGGUCGUAACUUCAGCGAACGCAUAAUUAUGAAGGGCGUUAUGGUGGCUUUCUUGCUGUUCGCCGCGGUACUCCUUUUCGUUACGGUUGAUUCCAAAAGGGGCGGAAAAGGGGGUUCAAGACGGAAGAACGGGAUAAGAUCGGGCACGAAAGAAUUAACAUGUCCCAGAAACUGUUCAGACUGCGAGGAGGGUGUAUGUCUAGAGUGCGACGACGGUUUUGCGCUGAAAAUGUUGCGCAACAACAGAACAGGAUGUAUACCGUGUGGCCGACGUCUAAAAAUGAAGGAUCCUGAUUUAUACCUCCAACAAUGCAGCACCAAUUGUACCAGAAACUGUUCAGUUUGGGAUAAAGGGAACAACCAAAUGUGCAAUCCUGGAUUCUUCAAAGUUCAAACGAGAAUCUUAAAAAGAACGGUCUGUGUUCCUUGCGGUCGUCUAAUGAAAAGAGUUUGGCCAGACGUUUUCGUGAGGGAAUGCACAGAGUCCGGUUGUGGACGAGGAUGUGCUAACUGCACCUCCCCAGGCCUCUGCACCGAAUGUGAAAGAGAUCAAAAGCUUUUUACACCACCAGGCAGUAACAUCACAAAAUGCGUAAGGAGAUGUCCGCCAUUCUACAAGCUGAAGAAAGGCGUGUCUCCUCCUAAAUGCGAAUUCCAGCAAAAAGGAGGAAAACCAAACAGACCAAACAGCAAGUGUGUUAGAGGCUGCGAGCAAUGUACACUGGAGGGAGUUUGUAAGAAGUGCUUUGUAGAGUUGCAAUUGUUAAAACUACGCGAUCGCACAAUUUGUACCAGAAGAUGUCCAUCAACUUUGAGAACAUAUUUCGACCCAGAAACCAACACUAAGAUCUGCAGGAAACCGCGCCGUGGCAAAAAAGGAGGAAGAAAAAAUCUAUCACAGUCUGACAGUUAAGGAGCAGGCCUUACUCUAGAAAAAGAGUUUUAUGAGAUUUAUUCAGAAGUCAUUUCAUAAAGCGAGAUCGAAGUUGUGUGUGUUGUUGUUGUUUUUUUUGCAAGAUGAUAAAACUGACUUAUCAAUUGCCUCACUGAUAAAAGUUGCCAUGCAAAUUUCGUUGGCGGUCUUAGUUACUACCAGAGGAAUGUUAGCGUAAAGUUUAAUGUAGCAAAAUUUAACCUCCUCGCUUGUUGUUUUUUGUUUGAUUAAAGUAAAACUCAAUAAAAAGUUUAAAAACAUAUCGAUAACAUGUUAGCUUAAAAGUUUUUUUUAAAUUUAUUUAUUUCUUACUUGUUUUGUUUUACUAUAUAUAUACAUAUUUGUUCCUGCAGGAGAUUUGUCCAAGAUUUGUUGACAUUUGAGUCAGCUUUGGAAACUCUACAGUGGCCAAUUUACACAAUAAACUCAGUUGUUUAAAGCAAAAUUACACUGUAACUAUGUUGUGCUAUGUUUGUGCCAUAUUAUGGGCAACAUAAACCAUAUGACUAGCUGAA